AUGAACGCCACACAACGUUAUUUACUGUUUUGGUGUGUGCCGCAACUCCGAAGAGCCACCAAUUUCACUGCAAAUAUCCUUAAGAGAAUCAUAUCCGUGGAAACACGAUAA